AUGUCAAAUGAGCCUAGGCAUGCGGUAGGUCUUGAAAUUCGUUAUUCCUCAACUAAUAUUAAUAUGCAUCUAAAAGAAUUGAUUAGUGAUACUGAAAAAAGAGGCAUAAAUAAGAUUAAUUACAGUGAAUUUGAAAGUUUUGAGACAAUUAGCGAAACCGGCUUUUGCCAUGUGGUCAAGUCAGAAUGGCAAGGGUGUAAAUUAGAUGUCGUUCUAAAAAAAUCACAUUCUGAUAUGAUAAUUCAAGAGGUAUCAAUUUAUUACAAAUUAAUUAAAAAUAUUAUAUAA